UUUUCGUUUCCCGGAAGGAUAGCGAUUACCGGAGCGCCUGGCGCCCCUGCCCGCCUGCGGGGGACCCGGGCGCACACGCCUUGGCGCUUCUCGAAAGACAUUUCCUCCCACGCGACCUUCCAGUUCUCGGAGCCAGGUUAGGGGUUUGGGGGAGGAGGACUAGGAGCGCGGGCCUAGGGCCCCAGCAGCCACAGCCGGGGAAGCGCUCACGACAGAAAGCCGGUGGCUUCCUCACCUCCACCUGUAAUGCAGGAGGGAGAAUUGGCUGGUUCUCCUAUAAGCCCUGUGGCAGCCAUGCCUCCCCUAGGCACCCACGUGCAAGCCAGAUGUGAAGCUCAAAUUAACCUGCUGGGUGAAAGGGGGAUCUGCAAGCUGCCGGGAAGACUCCGCAUCCAGCCCGCACUGUGGAGCAGGGAGGACGUGCUGCACUGGCUGCACUGGGCAGAGCAGGAGUACUCUCUGCCAUGCACCGCGGAGCACGGGUUCGAGAUGAAUGGACGCGCCCUCUGUAUCCUCACCAAGGACGACUUCCGGCACCGCGCACCCAGCUCAGGUGACGUCCUGUAUGAGCUGCUCCAGUACAUCAAGACUCAGCGGCGAGCCCUUGUGUGUGGGCCUUUUUUUGGAGGGGCCUUCAGGAUGAAGAUGCCCACCCAGCACUCUCCAGUCUCCCUGGAAGAGGUGACUGGCCCUUCUCAGAUGGACACCCGAAGUGGUCACCUGCUGCAGCCACCAGACCCAGGGCUUACCAGCUCCUUUGGCCAUCUGGAUGACCCUGGCCUGGCCAGGUGGACCCCUGGCAAGGAGGAGUCCCUCAACUUAUGUCACUGUGCAGAGCUCACCUGCAGGACUCAGGGGGUCUGUGCCUUCCCUGCGAUGCCACAGGCCCCCAUUGAUGGCAGGAUCGCUGACUGCCGGCUGCUGUGGGAAUACGUGUAUCAGCUGCUCCUUGACCCCCGGUAUGAGCCCUACAUCAGGUGGGAAGACAAGGACGCCAAGAUCUUCCGAGUUGUGGAUCCAAAUGGGCUCGCCAGACUCUGGGGAAAUCACAAGUUAGGCCAGAUGAGGAAGCUGCUUUCCUGCGGGGAGCUGGACAGAAACCCAGGUCUCAGGCCCAACAGGAGCAUCCGAUGUCAGGGCUGGAAAGGCCUGGGGAUGACUGAAGCCAGCAUUCCCAUGAGGAGGAAUGCCUGUACCUAA